UGGUGGAGGUAGUGUUGGUGGAGGGCAGGGCAGGAGGAGGCGGGGCAGGCGGUGGUGGGGCAGCAGUGCGGCUACACACUUGCCCAGUAAGAAUAUCAAGUGUUGCAACAAUCAUCGUAGCUGCGGUGGGAAACUCGAGCACUUGCAGAGAGCAGCGGCCACAGAAGCCUGCCCCGUCACACCUGUCAAGAUGUGGUCUUCGUGGACGUGGUUGUUGACGAUGUUUGUGGUGGUGGUGGUGGCGACCAACGACGUGUUUCCCCCGCCACCAGAUCCAGCUGAGACGGACUCCACCAUCACUCAACAACACCGUGACUCCUCCGACCACCACACGGUGCACAACUUGGUACUGAACCCGGAGCAACACUCCCUCUGUGAGCUAAAGCACAUCCGCCAGAUCGUCACCCACGCUCACUGUACCUCCAAGGAGAUGGAGAACUACGUAUGUGUGGGCACCUGCUUCAGUUACACCGUCCCCCAGACAGAACCGGAGACCCCUGGCGACGAGCAGCUCGACUACUGUGACUCCUGCCAGGCUUCCGAGUCCCACUGGACAACUAUCCAGCUGGACUGUGAAGAGUACGGCAACGCUUAUCAGGUGACCAAAAACAUCCAGAUGAUAACCAACUGUUCGUGCUCGCCCUGCCACCCUACCAGGAGCCAGCCGACCAUCGACAACAACGAGGUCACCUACGCGCCCAACGACCACCACCACGUCAAUGAGCUCAUUUUCAAGAUGCUUCCCGACGGCCACAAGUUCAAGGAAGGUCUCCAGACCGUCCAAAGACCAGACACGAACAGAGAGCUGCAGUACACCGAGAUGUCUAUUGACAACCUCAAGAAAAGGCUGUACAAUGACCCGCACCCAGAGCAGCUCCUCCGUGGCAAAGUCAUCUAUAAGCACUCCGCGUCCUUCACCGAUAAUGACCAAUGAGAGGCCGCCAGGAACUUCUGACUUUCCCUCGCUGACUGACACUAUAUGUAAAGUCCCCUUCACUAGUGCGUUUACAGGGGCUCGUCAUAUAAACAUUCCACAAAUCAUUGUCUUUGAGACAUUUUUUUAGUAUUGUUUAAAUUUGAUUUCAUAGCAAGUUUACUAGUGUGGGUUUCCUUCUGUCGAAUGUAAACAAACACAGGCUGCCACACUGCACUAAACCUGACGAGCUCCUGUAAACGCACUAAUGAAGGGGACUUAACCUCUCUGACUGAUCACUACUGUACCUCUCUGACUGAUCACUACAUGUACCUCACUGACUGAUCACUACAUGUACCUCUCUGACUGAUCACUACUGUACCUCACUGACUGAUCACUACAUGUACCUCUCUGACUGAUCACUACUGUACCUCUCUGACUGAUCACUACAUGUACCUCUCGGACUGAUCACUACUGUACCUCACUGACUGAUCACUACAUGUACCUCUCUGACUGAUCACUACUGUACCUCACUGACUGAUCACUACAUGUACCUCUCUGACUGAUCACUACAUGUACCUCUCUGACUGAUCACUACAUGUACCUCACUGACUGAUCACUACAUGUACCUCUCUGACUGAUCACUACAUGUACCUCACUGACUGAUCACUAAAUGUACCUCUCUGACUGAUCACUACAUGUACCUCUCUGACUGAUCACUACAUGUACCUCUCUGACUGAUCACUACUGUACAUGUACCUCACUGACUGAUCACUAAAUGUACCUCACUGACUGAUCACUACAUCCUGACACCAUUACCAUCUGUCAACACCAUCCCUGACACCACUACUAUCUGAUAACACCAUCCCUGACACCAUUACCAUCUGAUAACACCAUUCCUGAGACCAUUACCAUCUGGUAACACCAUCCCUGUCACCACUACCGUCUGAUAACACCAUCCCUGUCACCAUUACCAUCUGAUAACACCAUCCCUGACAUCUUUACCAUCUAAUACUACUAUACCUGACACCACUACCAUCUGAUAACACCAUCCCUGACACCACUACUAUCCUGACACCAUUACCCACUAAUACCAUCAUCCCUGACACCACGACCUCUGUUACCAUCAUCCCUAACACAACUACUAUCCGAUACCGCCAUCCCUGACACCACUAUCACUAUCACCAGUUACCACCAUCCCUGACACCAAUACCAUCCGAUACCACCAUCCGUGACACCACUACCGUCCGUUACCACCAUACCUGACUCCACUACCGUCCGAUACCACCAUCCUUGACACCACUACCGUCCGUUAACACCAUACCUGACACCACUACCGUCCGUUACCACCAUACCUGACACCACUAUCAUCGGUUCCCACCAUUCUUUAUGCCACGCUCUGCCAUUAAAUCUUCUGACUAGUCACCAUAAACCAUAGUGUGUUGAUGGUCAUAGUCGAUUUGAUUUAGCUGUUGAAGGUUGUCUGAGCAAGAAGAUGGUUGCACGAUACAGUGUCUUGGAACCUUGUGUAUAAAGAAGAUGUUAAUAAUGCAUGUACGGCAGUAAAAAAAAUCGCUAUUUAAUUUUCGUACUAACUGUGUGAAACUUGUAGAUGAUUCAGCUGAAUUUUUUAUACCAGGGGUCACUUUAAAGGUUCACACAGUUGAUGUGACACGAACUAAUGAUUUUGGGAUCCAUAUACACACUAAGAACAUACUAUGUGUCCACAUAACUCCAAAACUUAUAUCGCGCCAUCUAUUUAUCGCUCAAAUGAACCAUUAAUUUAUCUAUUAUUAUAUGCCUAAAUGGACAGUGUUGGUGAUGUGAAUCAUCUUGUACUGGAGGUUUUUAUCGUGUGGUAUGGUGAUUGAGAUUAACGAGUUUAAAAAAAAACAUGUUGAUGAUGUGAGCCACGCGGUGGUGAGAAUAUGUAUUUUGACAUUUCAAAUAUUGCUGGCUUAAGAUUUUGACGAGGACAGAAGUUUUAAAGUUUAAAUCAUCUAGCUGCUAAUGAUAAAAUCCUCUCACCUUGUAUGCUUACUAUUUUAUGUAAGUUAAACACUGGCAUCUACAGUGUAAAGUUUAACACACAGAAUCCACUAUUUUAGAGACCAGCUACAGAGGCUCACAAGCCUACAGGCAUCAUAGUUCAUCAGAGUGUUCUGUAGUCAUGCCAUGAGAAAACCAAAGCAUAGACUAAUAAUAGGUCACACGAUGAAAGACAACAUGAUGAGGUGCAAACCAACGACCAUAGUGUUAGAGAGUGAUCACUAAUAUGACCCAAAGGAAACACAAGGUACGUAUAAUUAAUUUUAUUUCCCUACGGUGAUGGACAUUUUGCUUCCAAGCCGAACAUUGUUGAUAUGGGAAAAAUUAUGGCCAGUACUAUAAAAUACGUGAAUAGAAUAGUGUUCAAUAUUCUUAUAAAAUUUUUGGCCAAUCCCACCAAAAAUAUGAUAAAACAAUUAUCAUGGUAGCUGUAUCCGGCCCAUGAUUCUUGAUUCAUCAAUGAUAUUUACUAACGUAAGACUUGAAAUGCCGAUACAUUAUCCAAAGAUUUAACAUUCUGACCAUAAACAGUAAUUUACUACAAUAGAUUUUAGUACAGUAUACACAAGUAUAUCAGCUUAAAGUUCACCCAAAGUCCUAUCAUUCGAUCAAACCGAAGCGUGGCUGAGUUUCUUACGAAUAUUAUGUCGUUAAUUACCCAUCAGCUACGAGUAUGGACAUUUUUAGUGAUCAUCUUGACAGUAUUUAUUCUUGACCAUCAGGGAGCUAUACUGUACGUUAUGGUGGUGAUCACACUCCUUCACUGGCGUCCAUCGUCUGCUCUAUUAUUAUCCUAUACCAAAGAUGGUGAAAAUGGUUUCAUAGAACUUAAAACUGUAUUAUAUUUCAUUUGGGUGAAAUAAAAUUCUGCGUCAGUU